UGCAGCAUUUCCACUUAACAUUCUUUAACUCUGCAGUGGGGUUGUCAAACAAAGCUCUAAAAACGGACUUUCCAGUCCAUACUCUGCAAACCCAAAAGCUGUCUCUGACUGUGUCUCGAUGGCAGCGUCGCGAAUCGUAGCCCAUCCACCGCCCUAUCUCCACCGCCAGUGUUCGCCGUCAGACGCCGUGUCGUUCACCAACCCCACGCUUCACGCGAAACGGUACCGUAACCUCAGCAUUCGUUCUUCUCUUCACGAGGGGAAGCAGAAGAAGAACGAUCUCGCUGAUAAACCUCACUCAGUCGAAUUGCGAACCAGCCCCAACGACGUCCGCGAUCCGCUCGUUCUUCCGCGGCCUUUAUCUGCUUCAGUUUCUGACGGUUCUGGCCUUCGUGUGGCAUAUCAGGGGGUUCAUGGUGCGUACAGUGAAUCAGCAGCACAUAAGGCCUACCCAAAUUGUGAAGCUGUGCCGUGUGAACAAUUUGAAACCACUUUUGAUGCUGUUGAAAGGUGGAUUGUGGACAGAGCAGUUUUGCCAAUUGAGAAUUCUUUAGGAGGGAGUAUCCAUCGAAAUUAUGACCUUUUACUCCGCCAUAGUUUACACAUAGUAGGAGAAGUAAAAUAUGCUGUCCGUCACUGUUUGAUGGCCAACCAUGGUGUUAAACUUGAGGAUUUGAACCGGGUUCUAAGUCAUCCACAGGCUCUAGCUCAAUGUGAGAACACACUGACAAAAUUGGGAUUGGUGCGAGAAGCAGUUGAUGAUACAGCUGGUGCUGCUAAGCAAGUUGCCUUGCUCGGACUACAAGAUGCAGGAGCAGUUGCUAGUUCUUCUGCUGCAAAGAUCUAUGGGUUGAAUAUACUUGCUGAAGACAUUCAGGAUGAUAGUGAUAAUGUCACUCGAUUUUUAAUGUUAGCGCGAGAACCUAUAAUUCCAGGCACUGAUAGGCCAUUUAAGACAAGCAUAGUUUUUUCUUUAGAAGAAGGCCCUGGGGUUCUUUUCAAGGCCCUUGCUGUUUUUGCAUUGCGUCAGGUUAACCUCACAAAGAUUGAAAGCCGACCUCUGCGAAACCAACCUCUACGAGCAUCAGAUGAUAGCAGCAAUUCCAAGUACUUUGAUUAUCUUUUUUAUGUUGAUUUUGAAGAAUCAAUGGCUAAUCAGAAUGCACAAAAUGCCCUAAGACAUCUAAAGGAAUUUGCUACAUUCUUGCGAGUGCUAGGGAGCUAUCCAGUGGACACUAGCUCGACGUGAAUAAUUUCCAAAAGAGGACUGCAGAAUAGGGUUGCUUUUGCGUGCGAUGUGGUACUUCCAGUGGUCAAAUCAUGUUAAUGGAUAUACAGAGUUUAGAUUGCUUCAUAGUAUAUAUGAACAGAAAAUUGUAUCAAAUGUACAAACUUUUUAAAUUUUGACGGGCUUCCCCUACCCUGCCCGCUAUCUAUGUUCUCAGAGCUAGCUACAAUGAAUAGUCAUGUUUUUUUUUUCUUACACUUUAAAUGUUAGUUAAAAUAUUUUUUUUUCCCUUUA